ACCCCCGGUGGAUUCCCCCAGUCCCCAAGGCGGCGGUCUGUUGACACAUCAUGGCUGCGCGGGCCACGGCGCUGGGCCUUCUGGUGUGUUUCGCCGCAUUGGGACUAACUUUUGCACUAUAUGAAGAUCAGAUAGGGAAGUUUGAUUGGGUGCAGCAGUAUGUGGGUGUGGUUACUCAUGCUGUGUUUGACGAGUCCAGUGUGCCAGCCCGGAGAAUCAUUGUGGCCACGGCCCAAAAUGUCUUGGCUGCUCUCUCCACAAAAAAUGGAGAGAUAGUGUGGAGGCACAUUCUGGAAUCCUCAGACACUGGUAAGGUUGACCUCUUGGUGAGUGAAGGGCCUCAGGUCACCACCAUUGCUGGUAAUUUGCUUCGCAGUUGGGAUGUCAUUUCCGCAGCCCUUGUUGAAGAGAUCCAGCUGGACCACACACCAGCAGCAGGAGUCCUGCAGCGUGGUGUGAGUCUUGGUGACAGUGAGCUGGUUCUAGUGGAGGUGAUGGUGGGAUCAGUGGCACUCACCACAUUGGACCGCUCGUCAGGGGCCACGCUGGACCAGGAGACAUUUGCUGUGCCCUGGCUAACAACAGACACCAGAUGUGCCUGUGGUGACAAGACCUUGGUGUGUGUGGAUGUGUCUGUUGGCUUGCUGUUUGUGCUGCCACUGACUGCCAAUUCCCCAACCUUCAAAUCUCAGCCUCUGACCUCCAUUGGUCUGCAGCAGAGUGAAAAUGCUCCAGAGGUGCAUCUUCAGAGGGUAUCAGGCUCUCCUAGUCACAUGGUUAUUCAGGUUGCAGAGUCAAGGAAGCUCAUUCACUUGCAUGAGAGUGAGCUGCAUCUGGUGAGAGAUCUAAGUGGGAGCAGAGCCUCAGCUAUUGCUGAUAGUGUGCUCUAUACUGUCAUGCAGACUGGAAGGCUGGUGACCAUUGGUGCUGUGGAGAUGGAGUCUGGUGAGGACUUGGGGGAGCAGGGUGUGGUGGUGGAGCUGCCUCUACAGUCUGGCUCUGUGCUUUCCCUUGAUGUGCACCGCUUUGAACGUCGUGAUGGAGGAAUGGCUCUCCGGGCGUUUGUCACCUGCUCAGACCACGCCUUGCAUCUCAUCAGCAGUGCAGGUGUGGUGUGGUCCAGGGAGGAGGCUCUGGCGUCUGUCAUUGCUGCUGAGGCGGUGGAUCUGCCGGUGGAUGGUGCCAAUAUUAACUACCACGACAAACUGCCGCCCCUCACAGGCUUGAUUGGGAGUUUGGUGCAUCGGGUGCAGACACAGUGCUCUCAGAUCAGCCACUGGUUCAAGUCAGUGGUGGGCAGUGCAGACUCGUUCCAGGAGUCCCUCAACACUCUUAAGAGAGAUGAACUAAAUCUCCGCAAGUUGCUUGUUGUGGCCUCCAGCAGUGGAAAGAUUCUAGGCAUUGACAGUUGGAAUGGAGAUGUGGUGUGGAGCAUAUAUGCCCCCCUGCUGGCGCCUCUGCAAGGGAACAAGUUGUUGCUCUACUCACAGCGCACCUCGGCUCACUUUCCCCUCCAGCCUCAGUGUGCUGUAGUUGGGAGACACAAGGUAACAGGUGAAGGCCUUCUGGUGUUGUUCAACCCCAUUUCUGGCACCACCAUUGGGGAGAGAGGAGGAGUAGUGCCUCUUGGGUACCACCUCUCCCAAGCCUUCCUCAUGCACUACCCUGAUGACCAGUACCUGAAGCCUCUCAUGUUGGUGGACAAGGAGCUACAGCCUCACAUGUUCCCAGCCAGUGGGGAGAAGGUUGUCCUGGAACACAAAGACUCCAUCUUUGUUCACCUGGCCCUGGCAGGAAGCAGCACCCUCACUGGCUACACCCUCAGGUUCUCCAGGCCGGGGAUGUUGAUGCUAAGUGAAGUUUGGACAGUAUCCCUCGGGGGAGGACCCAUCACGGGGGUGCAUGGGAAAUUAGUGGCAGAAAAGGUGCACUCCCCAGGACGGGUGUUGGCAGACCGCUCGGUGCUGUACAAGUAUGUCAACCCUAACCUGGCUGUGGUCACCACACAGGGCUAUGACCACAUCAACAAAAACACAAUGAAUCUGUACCUGAUAGACACGGUGACCGGAGCUGUGAUUGAGUCUGUCUCGCACAAGAAGGUGUCUGGACCGCUCCAUAUUGUUCACUCAGAGAACUGGGUUGUUUACACAUUCUUCAAUGAUAAAUACCGACGAUUCGAAGUGACAUCCUUGGAGUUAUUUGAGGGCUUGAAUCAGGCUAAUGCCACAGCCUUUUCUUCAUUUGGAGGGCGGGCAACUCCCCCAAUCCUUGAGCGGCAGUCCUACAUCAUGCCUGUGGGUGUCCAGGCGGCCACCCACACCACUACAGAGAAAGGCAUCACCACCAAAUUCAUCCUGUUUGCUCUGCAGUCUGGGAACGUGCUCCAGAUGAACAAGUGGUUCCUGGAUCCACGGCGGCCAGUGACAGGAGGCCCACAGGAAGAGGGACUGAUGCCUUACAUACCAGAACUCCGAAUCUCGCCACAUGACAUGAUCACUUACAACCAUACACUUCCUCGUGUCUCGGCCAUCUACACCGCACCCACUGGGCUGGAGUCUGCUUGUGUUGUUCUUGUGUAUGGCUUAGAUUUGUUCUACACGCGAAUGUUCCCGAGCAAGAUGUUUGAUGUGUUGAAGGAUGACUUUGACCAUUACCUCAUAGGAGGGGCAGUCUUAGCCCUUGCUGUGGCUGCACUGAUAACCAGAAAGUUAGCCCAGAAGAAAGCUCUAAAACAGGCCUGGAAAUAGCAUUCAUCCAUAAGUAUUUUUCUUACAAAGGAGGCUCUGUAUUAUAUAUUAUAUCACAUCCAGUCUUAUUGUACCUUUCAGUAGAUUCAAGUAGGGUAUUUUAUUUAGUAAUGGAAAGGUGUACUUUUAAUAACUUUAUUUAUUCAUUCUUAUUAUUUUUUAACAUCAUCCCCCUGUAGGUAUGUAGCAAGUCUACCAGUUUGGCAUAUGGUACAGGGGUCCAAAGUUUCUAACCUAUUUGGCUAGAUCUCCAACACAACUCACAAUAGGCAUGGCUUGGGAUGAUGCUUUCCAAAACCAUCCCCUGGCAUGUACAAACACAUGCUAACAUGCUAAUCAUUCCUCCAAUGAGGAAUGUAUUCAUUGUAAAUAUUCAAGGUAUCUGUACAUCUGAAAAGACAUGUGGUUAAUAUUGUUUGUAAUCUAUUGUUUCUGUUGAUGAUGCAGUUGAGUUUUCAGUAGUUGUCCAGGUUCAUUGUUUAUUGAAUCAUGGGCAUUUUGUUGAUAGAAUUGUAUUUGUAGUUGUAGCCUACAGUCCCUGACAUCAGUAGAUUUCAUGUGUAAAUCUUCAAGUUACCUAGAAACCAUUUUUCCUUUAACUUUUCAGGAAAUUUUCACAACUUGAAGACAAUUUGUGGAUUAGUUGUACUUAAAGUCCAUCAUUGAGUUGAGAGGACAGCGAGUGGUGAGGCAAGUAGACUCUUUGAAGCUGUGGUUGCUACAUAUUGUAAUUGAGUGGGAUACUGUGACAGGAUUGGAGUGUGGUUAUGUACUGUACAUCUUGUGGAAUAUUUAUUUUACACUGCAGAGACAUUGCACACUCUUCAUAGUCUACAGAACUUAUUCUUUUAAUCAAUCUGCAGAUUCUAAGAAUCGUGAACCACAACCUGCACAGUCCUGUAGCUAUAGAGAAGGGAUUGUUACUUUUGUCUGUGACUGUACCUUUUCAUACACACUAAUUCUUUUCCCAAACUGUGUUAAAGAGAAGAUGAGAUAUCAAAAUAUUUUACUGUCAAGAUUUGUGAGCAUUUUGAGAAGUUUUAUGAAUCAGGAGAGCAGUAAAUAUAAGAUAUCUUCUUGGAUAACUAAGGAGAAUUAUAGAUAUUAAGAUUGUUGUAAAAAACACUUCACCUUGCGUUUCAUUGUCAAACAAUGUGUGAACCUGUACUUGUCUUUAAUGUUUAUUUUGCUGAAUUCAUAUAGUUCACUCAACCUUAGCCCAUUAGUGACAUGUCAUAGAAAUGUAUUGAGUAUACCAUAAGUAAGAAAUGUUCUGGUAAGAUCCCUUUUGAACUUUUUAACACAUCCAUGCAUUGUAGUUCAUUCAUUUAAUUACACAAGAUUUAUGUAGCUUUGUUUCAUAUUUUUAGAACAGUGCCAUUUCAUGCAUUUGCAUCUACCCUGCCUGGCAUGUGCACCAGUGCCUGUACAUAUACAUACAAGUACUAGGACUCUUUAGCUAGGAGAGAGUAAUGAAAUAUGUCCAGUAAAUCUAUGUAGUAUUAUGAACAUUGCAGAAAAAUUUACUUGGUUCAAAAGAAUAAUGCUGGUGCCUAUGGAGGAAGAAAUGAGCAAAAACAUUAUAUUCACAUUGGCAAAGAAUGAUAGAUACAUUUAGAAAUACUUUUAGUCAGUUUUUGAAAAUUAUUAUGUGCAAUUUCUAAUAUAGAAAUAUUAACAAAUUUGAAAGGCAGAUUAUUGAAGCAACAUGUUAACAAGAUAGACAUAAUAACAUUGUAAAUAUACUACUACAUAUUUGUAUAUUGAGGUAACAAUGUAUUUUGCUUAUGCAAGAUCAACAGUAUGUAUUUGAUGUACGUAAAUAUUUCCACUUCAUUGUUGAGACAGAUACCAGUAUAAUUAGGCCAUUUUAGCAGAUGAGCAGUUAAGGCAGGUUUAGGUUAAAUAACUAAUGUACAGUAAGAUCAGCUGAGUAGUAGAAGUGCUUGAUUUUCAAUUAUGGACAGAGGCAAUGACUUUCUGGACUCAAGGCUGCAUCAAAGCUAUGACUUUUCUAUGAACCAUAUGGAUGCAGAGUGUUGUGCAUAAUUCCAUUACAGGAUGUAUACAUAGGGUUUAGAGUUUACACAGCCAGCUUAAGUUUAGGAACAGAUUUCAUUUUUCAUUGUUAUGUAUAUCUAGCAUAUUAUACAUGCUAUCAAAUAUGGACAAAUGAAGGAGUUAGAAUUUGGAACUGUAGUGUCUUGCAGUCAGUGGAGCUUGAUGCAUUCAUGUGCGAGUGUGGUUGAAUUUUUAAGGUUUUUAAAAGUGUAUCACUCUACCUUAAGUCUUGCUGUUUACGAUGACAUAUAUAUUUUGUAAACUGUGUCCUAACUUAUUUUCUGUGAAGUCGAGGAACACAAGGGUAAUGUGGGCAUGUGUGUUGCAGGAGGGGUGUCAGCUAGCCUGUGUAGGAUGUUUAAAUUUUGAAGUUAUCGUGUACAUAAAAUAUGAAGUAUU